CGCGGCGGAGAUCGCGGGCAUGGUGGUGCUGCAGUGCAUCUACGGGCUGGUGUGCCUGCUGGGGCUGGCCGGCAACGCCCUGGUCAUCUUCGUCAUCCUGCGCUACGCCAAGAUGAAGACGGCCACCAACAUCUACCUGCUCAACCUGGCCAUCGCCGACGAGCUCUUCAUGCUCAGCCUGCCCUUCGUGGCCACGGCGGCGGCGCUGCGGCGCUGGCCCCGGCCGCGCUCUCUGCCGGCCUUCGGCCGCGCUCUCUGCCGGACCGUGCUGGGCGUGGACGGCCUCAACAUGUUCAGCAGCGUCUUCUGCCUCACCGUGCUCAGCCUGGACCGCUACAUCGCCGUGGUGCACCCGCUGCGCGCCGCCUCCUACCGCCGCCCGCGGGUGGCCAAGCUGGUCAACGGCGCCGUGUGGCUGCUGGCCCUGCUGGUGGCCUCGCCCAUCCCCGUGUUCGCCGGCACGGCGGCCACCCGCGACGGCCGGGCGGUGGCCUGCGACCUGCUGUGGCCCAGCCCGGCGUGGGCGGCCGCCUUCGUGGUGUACAGCAGCGCGCUGGGCUUCGUGCUGCCCGUGGUGGCCAUGGCGCUGUGCUACCUGCUGCUGGCCGGCAAGAUGCGCGCCGUGGCGCAGGGCGUGGGCUGGCGGCAGCGGCGGCGCUCCGAGGGCAAGCUGACUCGCCUGGUGGUCACCGUGGUGGCCAUGUUCGUGGUGUGCUGGCUGCCCUUCUACGUGGUGCAGCUGCUGGAGCUGCUGCUGCCCGGCCGGCUGGACGCCAGCGCGCACAACGCCUCGCUGCUGCUCAGCUACUCCAACAGCUGCGCCAACCCCAUCCUCUACGGGCUGCUCUCCGAGAAUUUCCGGCACUCCUUCCAGGGAGUGCUGCGCCGCUGCCGAGACGCCGGCCUGUGCUGCUGCCACCGCGCCGGUGACAAUGGCGCGGGGGACAGCGAGGAUGAGGAGGAGCCCCUGGAUUACUGCGCCGCGCCCCGCGGCGACACCAAGGGCUGCGUGUGUCCCCCGCUGCCCUGCCCGCAGGACCCCCUGCGCCCCCAGCCCUGCUGCGCGCCCAGGGCCCUGCUCCCCAAAACCACCCCUUUCUAGGGGGACCCCCGAAAUCGGCGUGGAAAGGGGAUGCCGGGUGGAGAGGGCGCGGUGUCGCCGCUCUCCGAAAUAAAGAGCCAUAAGGCUGGCCUGGGGUGGAGAGGAUUCCGUGGGUCGAGUGGUUAUUGCUGGUGUUCCGGCACUCGGGAGGAUCCCAAAAUGUGGUGGAGCGCGUGGCCGUCCCGAUUAAUAGCUAAUAAAUUCCCCUCUCUUCCCAGGAGAAAGGGACGCACCGGGAAAAAUCCCCAAAUCCAUCAGCUCUGCUGCAUCCGCAGCAGGAUGAGAUCCCAUCAUACACACAUCCCUCCCCUAAAAAUUCCCAGGAUUUUAGCACAUCCAUGACCAAAUUUCCACCAAAAAAACCCACC